AGGAAACUUGCAAAACAAAGUGAAGACCUUGAAUUCCCACGGUCCAAACAGGGCUUAAGUAUGUAACAAAAUGAAGAAAUAUCGAGCAAAAAAAACUGAGAGAAGAAAAAAAGACAUGGAAAAAGUAGCUGAGAAACAAAAAUAUAAAUUUAUAUCUAAGAAAACCAAAAUUCUAUAAUGGAUAGAAAAUUCAAUUGGUCGUUAGUCUGUCUAUAUUGUUCUGCUGCCUUGCUACGCUCUCAACCUCCCUCAACUAUCAUCUUAUUCUGCAAAGUUCCUAAUACGGUCUGUAUGAGAGGAGCAAAGGGUGCUUCCGAUGGUGCUUUUGAGGCUCGACAUCGUUUAUCUUCAUCAGUUGAAGAAGUUUAUAAGAGAAGAUUUCACAAAAGCAAAGCUAGGCCUUUCCAAAUAUCCAUUCAAGAUAGAAAUUCAAGAUGCAAGUUUGCUCUGCUUAAGCUUGUGCUCCUAAUUAUCGUAUCUGGAACACUUGUAGCUUUCCUAUACUCUCCAGAGGCUUACAAUAGCAAUCAACUACCACAUUCUGGCUCUGGGUGGAUAUGGGGCGGUCCAGAUCCUCGUUAUCUAUCAAAUCUAGACAUUGCUUGGGAUGACAUCACGAAAGUUCUUGAGAAGGUGACUGAGAAUAGUGAAAAUUGGGGAAUUGGUCUUUUGAACUUCAAUGAGCGUGAAGUCAAUCAUUGGAAGCAGCUCAUUCCUGAUGCCAAAAGCGUUGAUCUGCAACUGGACCAUGCAGCAAAAAAUGUGACAUGGGAGUCCUUAUACCCAGAGUGGAUAGACGAGGAAGAAGAAACUGAAGCUCCAAUUUGUCCAUCUCUACCAAAGCUUAAACCCCCCGGAAUACGACUCGAUCUUAUAGCUGUUAAGCUUCCAUGUCGGAACGAGGGGAAUUGGUCCAGAGAUGUGGCUCGUUUGCAUUUGCAGCUUGCAGCUGCUGAUCUAGCAGCCUCUUUCAAAGGCUUGUAUCCUGUGCAUUUGCUCUUUAUUACCAAGUGCUUCCCACAACCAAGUCUGUUUUCUUGCAAGGAACUUGUUUCACUUGAAGGGAAUUUAUGGUUAUACAAACCAGACUUGAAUGCGCUAAGACAAAAAGUCCAGCUCCCAGUUGGCUCUUGCGAACUUGCACUUCCUUUCAGGGGCAGUGAUCUGGUUUACUCAAAAAACAUGCACCGAGAAGCAUAUGCAACGAUUCUGCAUUCAGCUGAUGUUUAUGUUUGUGGAGCCAUUGCUGCUGCCCAGAGCAUCCGCAUGUCUGGCUCCACAAGAGACCUUGUUAUCCUUGUGGACGAGACAAUCAGUGCAUACCACAGGAGUGGACUUGAAGCUGCAGGCUGGAAGAUUAAGACAAUCCAGAGGAUCAGGAACCCAAAAGCUGCGAAAGAUGCCUAUAACGAAUGGAAUUACAGCAAGUUCCGGUUAUGGCAGUUAACAGAUUAUGACAAGAUCAUAUUCAUCGAUGCUGAUUUGCUUAUGCUCAGAAACAUCGAUUUCUUAUUUGGGAUGCCAGAAAUAUCUGCAACGGGGAACAAUGGCACACUUUUUAACUCUGGUGUAAUGGUAGUUGAGCCUUCAAAUUGCACUUUCCAGCUUUUGAUGGAUCACAUCAACGAGAUUGUGUCCUAUAAUGGGGGUGACCAAGGAUACUUAAACGAGAUCUUCACAUGGUGGCAUAGGAUUCCAAGACACAUGAAUUUCUUGAAGAAUUUCUGGGCUGGUGACGAGGAAGAAGUUAAGCAAAUGAAAACUAGGCUCUUCGGCGCUGAGCCUCCAAUUCUCUAUGUUCUUCACUAUCUGGGGGUGAAGCCAUGGAUGUGCUUCCGUGACUACGAUUGUAAUUGGAAUGUUGAUAUAUUACAAGAGUUCGCAAGCGAUGUCGCUCACCAAAAAUGGUGGAAAGUGCAUGAUGCAAUGCCAGUUCUGUUGCAGCAGUUUUGUCUGUUGAGAUCGCCGCAAAAGGCACAGCUAGAAUGGGACCGUAGGCAAGCCGAGAAAGCAAACUACACGGACGGGCAUUGGAGGAUUAAAGUAAGGGAUCAACGUGUAAAGAAAUGCAUAGACAAUUAUUGCAACUGGAAGAACAUGUUGAAGCACUGGGGCGACGCAAAUUAGAGUACCGAUCGACGAUCAAGUCUUUUACUCAAAGGCCACCUGCAAUAUGUAAGGAAUAUAAGUUGUCAAAUGGAGUAUUUUGUACAAUUUAUCCGAGGGAAAUGCCAGGGAGCCGCCCGUUUAUUUUG